AUGACGCAGGGCACCGCAGGCCUGUACGGCGACGGCUUCCAUAUCAGUGGCUGGCGCGGCAAGACAGACCCCGGCACCGGGAAGUGCGAUGAUCUGAAUCACAUGGUGUAUACGUACAACCAGGGUGUUGUCCUCAGCGGGCUGCGCGGUCUCUGGCUCGCGACAGGCUCGCAGGACUAUCUACGCGAUGGCCAUGAGCUCGUGCAUGCGGUGCUGCGGGCCACGGGCUGGCCCCAGACUUCGAAGCGGUGGGCUGGGCUCGGCCGUGCAGGCGUGCUUGAGGAAGCAUGCGAUUCGCACGGUAGCUGUUCGCAAGACGGGCAGACGUUCAAGGGCAUUUUCUUUCAUCAUCUGGCUGAGUUCUGUCGGCCGUUGCGGCCGCAGGAGGAGCGAUUCUUGGGGGGUCAGACGCAGCGGCCCGCUGUGGAUGAUAAGGACUGGGCUCGUGUUUAUAGUCGCCAUCUGGAGCGGUGCAAGGCGUAUGGGCCUUGGAUCGAGCACAAUGCGCGAGCGGCGCUCAUGACAAGGGAUGAUGAAGGGAAAUUUGGUUCGUGGUGGGGACUGCCCUUUGGGUACACUGUAGAGGAGGGGAUUGUCAAUAGUAGCGUCUUAGCCGAGGGAUCGAUUGAUUAUCGGAAUGAUGAGGAUGAAGGUGAUGUUCGGGUCUCUCAGGGAGUGCCGAGGGACUUCAAUGACCGCGGUCGCGGCCGGACGGUGGAAACACAGUCUGGUGGUGUUUCAGUGCUGCGGGCUUUAUUGCAGUGGCAGACACUGGGUGCCAUAUCCUGA